UAUGUAUCUGUUUCUAAGGUAACGGUAUCAUGGCGGACGCUGUCGAGGAAUUCUAACUUCCCAGGUUUUGAAGGCCGUUGGGGGCAAGAGAGAACCAGAGGCCACAGAUAGAAAAAACACAUACCCAAACAAUAAUAGGUGACCAUAAUAAAAUUCCAUGAAACAAAUCAAGUGAAGAAAUUGCAACGGAAAGCAAAACAAAUUUCAAUGGCUUUUGUUAUAGGAAACAAUUUCCCUUUCGUCAACAGUUUUAUGAAGGUUAUGGAGGAUGUUUAUGAAGGUUAAAUAUUAGGGCGAAAUGCGUUAAGGCCAACACUCGAGGGCAGCAAGAAGGACUAUCUUAGUUAAAUUUAUGGAAUCUCCUGUCCAUGUUGAAAGUUCUAUACAAAGUGAAACUGCCGUUGAUAGUGGAGAUUUCAAUCGAGAUGGUUUGGCUGAAGACGUUGAAAAUUUAGGCCGUCAAGCUUCUUCAAACUUACCCUUCAGAGAGGUUGGUGUCGACGUUGAAUUUAAAUCUGCAGAGCCAAAAGAAGCUUCCCACACAUCUACAGGUCGUGUCAGUACUUUUGAGGUGAACGAAAGUGAAGCAUCCAGAUCUAGAGCAGAAAUGGGCUCUAGUGACUCAAAAGGCUUUUUUCUUUGCUUCGGCCUAGUAUUAAUAAGCAUUGGGGCGUUGCUAACAGUUAUCCUCGUUCCAUUAAGCUUUUCUGACUUGGAAUACUACGAGAUGGGGUUUGUGAAAAAGAAAUCAACAGGAACAGUAGACAGGAGCAAAGUUUACACGGGUGGACGCCAUUUUAUUGGAGUUGAUGCAACUUUCAAGAAGUUCCCAGCAGAGGCUCAUCUGGAGUCCUUUAAGAAAAUAGAGUUUUUCAACACAGAAAAACUGCAAGUGACCAUGUCAAUAUCUUUGCAAUAUUUCCUAAUGCCUGAGGAACUGAAAAGCCUGCAUGAUGCGUAUAACUUAGGCUACAAACCAGUUAUUCGUAACACUAUUUCUGCUGCCAUUAAAGAUGAGGCUGCAAAGUAUUCUGUUAAUGAAUACCGUAAAGAGCGACAGAAAGUUUCUGAUGCACUUUUCAAGGCUGCAAAAAUUGCUAUUGGAGGAUCAUGCUGCUACAGCAACUGUCAAAAGUAUAUAUGCCUGCCAGGUUGUUUGCAAAGCAACUGUACAAAGGGUCUGUAUUCAUAUCUAAAGUAUUUUCAGAUGGAGGAAGUAGAUAUAACAGAUGAUCAGCAGAAAAAGUUCCUUCAAACUGUUAUCGAACGGGAAAAGAGAGAUACAGAAGACUUCAAGCAACAAGAGAAAAUUGAAAGAAAGAAGACGGAGCAGAAGAAAAUAGAAAUCCAGAAUGCUGCUUUGGAAGUAAAACAAAAUGCUGCCGCAAAGUCUUCGUUAAUCAAAGCUCAAGCUGAUGCUAGUGCCAAAGCUUUGGUUGAGAAUGCUAGAAACUCUGGCUUGCAUCAAAUUUUUGAGGCUGUUAAUAUCACAGCAGAAACACACAAGAAAUCCCUGGAUUACAUUCGCACUAUGCUGAAUCACAAAUCUGCAAAUGUGUAUGUUGGUUUCACAACCAUGGUGGCAAAAGAAGGUACUUGAGCUGGUUUAGGUGUCUUUGCCAUGAUACAGUUUUUGAAAAGUUUGUAAAAAGACUUUUUAUUUUUGGCAUAAUAAGGUUUUCGAGACUAAAGACUUUGAAGUCACCAUUUGAUAUUUUAUUCAUGCACCUAACAGUCAAUUGACAGAUACUAUAUGUCAUGGGCUAUCUGUCAAUCUACUAUUAGCCAAUCAAGAAACCUCAGGCCUGGCCAUUUGAGGGGAGUCAUAGCUCUUGCUCCCCUCCAGGCUCUCCUCAAAUGCUGGAGGGGAGCUACAGAUUGCUCUCCUAAAUUGUUCUAAAAAGCAAAUUUGCUCUCCUUGAAAUAAACUUUUCCUUUGUUUCUAUUCAUAUAGCUCACCUGAAUACUACUAGGAGAGCUGUUUACUGCUCCCCUGUUGAAAGUCUUACGGCCAGGCCUGAAACCUGUAGUGGUAUUGUGCUUACUGAUUGGCUAGUUUUGAUUGACAGAUUGUUUAUUCUACUAUGGUAUUUGUUGAUUGCCUCUAAUAUUAAUUUUUUUCAAAACACACAAGUAUUUGUUUAGUCAAUGGAGCUACAUUAAUUGUGAGUAUUUCCUAAAGUUUUGUCACAAUUUAAAAAUUGUACAUUCAAAUAUUUAUUUGUUUAUGCAGUUUUACACUGUAUUGGUUCAAUUUUUAGAUUUUUGAGGGGCAUUUGUUAGAAGAAACUGGUUAAUAUUGUUACUAAAAAGCCAAAUUAGUAUACAUAAUGUGUCUGGUCAACAUCAAGAGAAGUGCUUUCAUUGAAAAACAAUAUAAGAAUACGUUAAUUUCAACAGCCGUCUAUAAUUUUUGGUGAUAUACCCACUCAACUUUUUAUAAAAAAUCAACUUAUGGAGACGGAACUUUAAAGAAUGUUAGGAUAGAAAUACUGGAUUUGAAGAUGACACCCAAACCAAAUUUCAGAUUAACACCUGUUUGAACUGAAAUCUAUUAGCAGGCUCUGUAAAGAUUCAGAAUAAUCUUCUAGAUACUAAGCAAUUUGUUAAUUGAGUUAUCUAUUGCUACAUACAUGCACAUGAAAAUAUUUAUUCAUCAUGUACAGUAAAUGCAAAAUAUUUCUAGCACCUUUAAUCAAUUAUGUAAGUUGUGUCAUUUUGGCAGCAUGAAAUAUUUAUGACUUUUUAUAAAUAAUCAUUUUAGCAUAUUCUAAAAACACAAUAGCUUAGCACAGCA